CAUCCCACUGACGUGUGCUAAGAGUGAGAGCUCGCGUUUUGAAAUUAUUUUCCAUUGCUAACGUGGAAAAUUCAUGUCAAUUUAUGUAUUGAACUUGAAAUAUUGAUUUCAAUAAAGACAACAAAAAUAGCGCCUCAGGUAUAUUCAUUCAUAACUGUGUGUGAAAAUUAAGGCCAUACGAGCUUUAAUCAUGUCCGUAACUAAAAGAAAAAAUGUGUCGGAAAAGGAGGAAUUGAUUGAAAACGGUACAGCACCUAUAAACACUGGGCAAAGUAACAUAAAAGGAGAUGAACUCAAUAUCGCCGUACUAUUAUUUCUGUACACUUUGCAAGGUAUUCCCCUGGGCCUCGCGGGAGCUGUGCCUAUGCUUUUACAAAACCGGGGAAUCACCUACACACAACAGGCAGAAUUCAGCUUUGUAAAUUGGCCCUUCAGUGUCAAAUUAUUAUGGGCUCCAAUAGUUGAUGCACUAUUUUGGCCAAAGUUUGGCCGACGCAAGACUUGGCUGGUGCCCGUGCAGUACCUCAUUGGCAUAGUCAUGAUCAUCAUGUCAAGCAGCAUCACAGACUGGCUAGGGUCUGAUGAAAAAGCUCCUAACAUGAUACUUCUCAUUUUCACAUUUUUAUUUUUGAACUUUUUGGCGGCUACUCAAGACAUAGCAGUUGAUGGUUGGGCUCUGACUAUGUUAAAAAGGUGCAAUGUAGGCCACGCCUCAACCUGUAACACAGUAGGUCAAACCGCUGGCUUCUUCCUCGGCUACGUCCUAUUCCUAGCCCUAGAAUCUCCAUAUUUCUGCAACAAGUAUCUCAGAAUCGUCCCAGAAGACGUCGGCCUCGUCACUCUAGCGAGUUUUCUAUUCUUCUGGGGUUGGAUCUUCAUUGUCUCAACUACACUGAUAGCAGUCUUCAAACACGAGGCCAAAGAAACGGAUCACAAAGAGAAUGAGACUAAAGGAAUGAGUGACAUUGUUGAUGCAUACAAACAAUUGUAUACUAUUGUGAAAUUGCCGGCCGUUCGGACUUUAACGCUAGUUCUAUUCACAGCCAAGCUUGGUUUUUGUGCCAGUGACGCAGUUUCCGGUCUCAAGUUAGUAGAGGCUGGUGUGCCGAGGGAAGACAUGGCGUUGUUGGCAGUACCACUAGUCCCAGUUCAAAUUAUACUACCAGUGUUACUAGCCCGCUACACGACGGGGCCCGCGCCGCUCUCUCUAUGGCUGCACGCGUUCCCGUUCCGACUGAUGGUGGGUCCGCUAGCCGCCGGUCUAGUGGCCCUAACGCCCUCACUGCUCGGAGACUCCGGGCCUUCUUACUCGUACCUUUUGGUAUUGAUGGCUUUGUACGUCUUUCACCAGACCUGUCUCUACUGCAUGUUUGUAGCAGUGAUGGCUUUCUUCGCCAAAGUGUCAGACCCGGCCGUCGGCGGCACGUACAUGACGUUACUCAACACUGUAUCCAACCUUGGGACCAACUGGCCUAAUACUUUAGCCCUGUGGGCUAUAGACCACUUGACUUUCAAGAGCUGUUCACUCCCUGAGAUGAGCGACAAUACUUGCUCUUCGAAGCUUGAAAGUGAUAUAUGUAAAAACGCCGGAGGCACCUGCCUCACCCGAAUCGACGGGUUCUACAUAGAAACGGCCAUCUGCCUCGCCGUGGGUUACCUCUGGCUACAGUGGGGCCGCCCAACCAUCAACCGGCUGCAGCGCCGGCCCGCCUCGGCGUGGCAAGUCAGGUCGCUAAGAUAAGGCUGUUUUAAUUAUAAUAGCCCCACAAGAAAUUUGGCGGUGAAAUUUGAAUCUUAUGAAAUGAAUACAGAGUUGAAUUUGGUUUGUUUUACACAACGGAAACAUAUGCAACUCUGUUCCAAUUAAAAUUGAUUUAAAUUACAUUGAGUGUAAUUAGUUGGUCUCAAACUGGGAAUAUGAUUAGUAUUUUUGAUGAUGUUGAGGCAGGUAAAUGUAUGUGUAUUUCAAUAUAAUAAUUUGUCAGCAUCGCGAGCCAUCGCGAAUUUUCGAAAAAAAGUACAGUUACAGUGUACAGUCACCUGCAAUAAUAUGUUACUCUUUGAAGGCCGCAAAAAUAUGUGACACGCUCUUAUGACUCUACAAAUAAAAUCGUGUCAGAUAUUUUUACGGCCUUCUUUGUGAAACAUAUUACUGCAGGUGACUGUACCAACAUAGACAAAAAAAUAAUACUUGGUUUUUGAUGCUGAUUUUCAGACUUUAG